AUGGAAGUGUCGCCGCGUGAUGGCACACCAAGUUCGAUCGGGUCCUCUCCGGAACAGGACAUUGGCAUGGAAGCCGAGCAGGAACCGGCCCAGCCUCAGAAACGAAAGGGUGGUCGAAAACCAAUCUAUGCAACCUCCGAGGAGCGCAAACAAAGGAAUCGGCAAGCCCAAGCGGCGUUCCGCGAACGUCGAACCGAGUAUAUCAAACAAUUAGAAGCCAAUAUCAAACAAAAUGAAGAUCUAUUGCAUUCGCUCCAGGAGAACCAUCGUCGAAUCAACAAUGAUUGCCUGAUGCUAAGGUACAAAAACUCACUUCUGGAGCGAAUUCUUCUUGAGAAAGGUAUCGAUGUCCAAGCCGAGCUGGAGAUGAAACAAGCCAGUCCACCUUUAAGUGCGAACUUGAUAGGUGCUGUGCAGGGAUUGUCUCAACAGCAACCUUCUCAACUACAGCGCACAGCAUUACAGCGACAGCAGGCUCGGCUAUCUGGUAGUCGCAGCUUUCUACCAAAGCUUGCUCCCGGUCAAAAUGCUGUCGAUGCGAAUCAUGCAACAUCGCCGCAUGCUCACCCUACCCCUUCUUCACACGCGUCAUCACCACCCCAACUAUCCACUCGUUCGCCGAUGGUGGCGCCUCAGGGCGGCAUGACAUCUCCUAAUUCCCUUGUGCAACCGCAGGGACAGCAGUUCCAGGCCUUCCCACGCCCACCACAACAACCACAUUCUGCGCACUUGCAGGAACAGCUAUCAUCUCCCCAGACCAUGGCUCGACCUUUACAGACAUCAGCGCAGCCUGCCAGUGUACCAGCGAAUGGAGCUGCCAACCAUCAGCAAGGCUUUGCACCAGCCUUUGCCAAUGAUGCGAGCAAGCAGCAUGUCAAUUCCGCCUCAUCUUACUACCCUAGCCCGUUUCAAAGACACUACGACCAACUUGAGCAGGAAUAUGACACACAGCACUCGCGAUCCAUACUUGAUGACCCUGAUGUAGAUGAGCAUCAGCAGCACGUAUCACAAACAGCCGGUGGCCUUCAGGAAGCGUAUACGCAACGAUAUGGCAACCAAGCGGCCAUGCCAGCUCCACCACUCCAGCAACCGACCAACACAGAAUACUAUCACGCGCGUCAAUUCCCUCAACAGAUUGCCCCGCAAGCGUCCUAUGAGCAGGCUGGCCCUAUCGCUCCACCCACAAGCCACCCUGCUGCGCUAGGGGAUGGGCAAUUUAAUACCACCAACAUAGAUCCCAAUGAUCCUCUUCUUGACCAAGACCCAUUCGGUCUGAGCGCGAGCAUGCACUUUCCUACUCCUUACGGAUUUGAUCAACAACUUCGGCAGAAUGGCCCUCGUUGA